CGGAAGAGGGUAAUUGGAGGCUCCACACGAAUACUCCGCCAUGUCAAAUUUCCAAGGGUGAAAUCUGCGACAAGCAGCACCUAUACGACAACAGUAUGGCCAAGCAGUCCAUUUCGACUAUACAAGAAAAGAUUGUAGGAAUAGAAGCUGUUUUUUCCACUCUUGGAUCAGGGGAACGUGAGAAUGCUGUUGGAUUGCUGGAGGAAUACCUACAGAAGCUCCGAGGUCAGAUCAAAACUCCCGAAUCAGGUCCAACUGAAUCCCGCUCUGUGAAGGCGGAGACUGUCCCCGUGAAGACUGAGAAAGAUCAUCAGCAAGAGGAUGGUGCGAAGACUUCAGGGGAAGUUCCCAAAGUCACCAAAUCCCGCAGGAAACAGAAUGUUGCACCACCUGUCCAUAAACCAACUGAAGAAGUUAAGGUAUCGUCGCGAGGAAGGAUGACAAAGUUGCGUCAAAGUUAUGCUGACUCUGAUUGUGAAGACGAUGGUGUUGGUUUUGAUGAUGUGCCUAAACCCAAACCAAUGCCCAACAAGCGAGGAAGGCCACCAGGCAGCGGAAAGGCCAAACAAGCAGCUGUGGUGAAGAUGGAGAUGAGGAGGGUGAUGGAAGCAGACAUGGAGCUUGAGGAUAAACCUGACACUCUUGCAUCCCGAAGAAGAGGGAGGAAAAAGCGUAAAAUGAAAUCCAUGUUUAAUGCAUCUAAAACAAAGCGAUUGUAUGUUCAGAAGAAGAAGUUUGUGUGUAAAGCUUGUGGGAUGGAGUUUAAACAUUACAAAUCAAUGGCUGUUCAUAUUCGAUCACAUGGCAACAAUCUCCUGUCGUGUCGGCACUGCAAACGUGAGCUUCAGAACGAGGUAGAACUUCUGCAUCACGACUGUCAGAAACUCUCGGCUGUCAGUUAUACGUGUCCCUCGUGUGGUGAGAAGUUCACGAAGAAGAAACAUUGUAAGGUGCACAUGUUAGAAACACACAACCUCAAAUACAACAAAGUGAUGGGGAGGAGCACGAAGAACAUUUGUCGUUUCUGUAACAGGACAUUCGUGCGGAAAGUGUCCCUGUUUAUGCAUUAUAAGACCCAUGCUGAGACUUCAUUUGUGUGUUUGAAGUGUGGAGAGAUUUGUGAAGACUUUGCCAUAUACACAGAGCAUAUGCUUGAACACGACAAGGCCGCAUCAUUUGACUGUGAUAAAUGCGGCGCGACGUUCGAGCGUCAGCAGCAGUACCUACAGCAUCUGGUGGGGCACAGGAAGUAUGACUGUCCGGACUGCAACAUGUGCUUCACACGGAACAAGGAACUUCUACGUCACCGCCGCAUCAUCCACGGCGACCUGCCCCAGCCAGAGCUGAAGAAGUUCGAGUGCUAUGUGUGUUUCAAGAAGUUUCAGCGUCCGAUGCAGCUGGAGAUCCACAUGAGGAUACACACAGGCGAGCGGCCAUUAGAGUGCGCUACGUGUCAGCUCUCGUUCCGGACAACGAAGGCCCUUGCCAAACACCGGCAGACCUACAAUCACUGUCUGAAGGCGGGGCUGUCCACACAGGAGAAGAAAUACCUGUGUUCAGAAUGUGGCAAAGCUUACUUCAGGAAACAGGCCCUGCAGCGCCACAUCCGUUACCACACCGGGGACAAGCCCCACACCUGCCAGUACUGCGGCUACAAGUGUCGGGAACAGAAUAAUCUGAAGCGACACAUCGCACUGCACUUUGAGAAUCUUCGCAACUUCAUCUGUGAGGUGUGCGGGGCCGCUUUUCACGCCAAGAAGACGCUGGAGAUGCAUCAUAAGUACAAGCACACCGAGAUCAGGGACUUCCCCUGCCACGAGUGCCACAUGUCCUUCAAGGCCAAGAACGCCCUGAGGCGCCACAUCAAGACGCACGAGAAGACCAAGGACCAUAAGUGCUGGUGUGGCUCAGCUUUCGGACGCAUGUACAAUCUCCGACGCCAUAUGAGGAUGGUGCAUGGCGACGAAGAGUCACUUCCACCCGUUAGGAAAGUCGCAGUUCUUGAUGCAGCAAAUGCAAUCAAACAGGCAAUAAAAUCUCCUCCCGCCAAAAAGAGAAUGUACAAACUGAAACAAAUCCCGAUUGUGACUUCUGUGGCUUCUGACCACGAGACGAUCAUCAUGAAUGUCGUGUCGGACCAGAUGACAGAAGCAGCCCACAGCUCCCAGGCACCCAUCUACACCCUCCCCCAGCAGCAUCAACAAGUAGCAUCACACAUGGGGGAGGAACAGCAGCAACAGCAACAACAGCAACAGCAACAGCAGCAGCAUAACAUGGUCUAUGAGACGGUGACCAUGCCACCGUCCAUGGUGGCAUAUCAUCACAAUGCCCCUCCUCCCCCACCUAUUGGUGCUGAAACUGUCGUGGACAAUCGGGCUCAACAGCAGCAGCAGCAACAGCAACAGCAGCAGCAACAGCAACAUCAACAGGCUGACUACUACAACAACCCAAGCAUGUUGGAAGCACAGGCUAAUGACUACAACAACCCCUACAUGUACAUACAGAACGUCCUCCUGCCGUCGGUGGCUAUGGCCGGGCUACUGGACCUGUCACAUGCUCCUCCACCCAAACAGUGAUACCCGGACAGCCACAGCUGUAGAUACAGGGCAGUCUCAUUGAAAUCAAAUGUUUUACUCUAGAAGGUGAAGUCUAAAUGGAGGAUGUGUGAUUCUAGAGCCAAUUGAUCAUACUUGCUUCUUGGUGUCUUCCACUUGAUGUAUCCACAGGACUAUACUGGUGCUGCCUUUAUCAGUUACAUUCGGAACUGACUGAUUAACUUCAUUUUCAAUAUAGGCUUGUCUGAAUGCUUCACUCAUUGGCACCAAAAAUUUAGAAUCAUCAAUGUUCAUUGGCUGAUUAGAAAGUUCAUCAGACGCGGCUUUCUUUGAUGUCGCACUGAGGUGUUGUAUCAGAGUAAAAGAUCUGAUUGUGAUGAGAUUGUAUACAGGGCAUCCCCCAGCCUACAGAGUGCUACAUUUCACAUGCGUUUCAAACUAACGUUCAGAAAAUCCUACAAUGUGAUUCCUCUUACAAAUGUGAUAUUUCCAGAAGAAAACUUGCAUAUUUCUGGCUUUAAAAUCAUAUUCAUGUGUUGCCAAAAAUAUACUUUUUGUUUACCUCUCCAGGACAGGGUGCGUGGGAGGGUGGGGGUGUUUGUUUGGGGAUACAGUCUGGAGGGACAUUGAUGAUAUGACUGAUGGGGACUGGCUUUGUUUUGCAUGACAUUAAACAUACUUAGUGAUUGUAAAAUUAUGAAAAAGUGUGCACAGAUAUAUUCCUCUUCUAGAAUAGGGGGCGGUUGGGUAGCCUUGUGGUUAAAGCGUUCGGAAGACACGGGUUCGAUUCCCAACAUGGGUACAAUAUGUGAAGCCCAUUUCUGGUGUCUCCCGCCGUGAUAUUCCUGGAAUAUUAAUAAAAGCGGCGUUAAACCAUACUCACUCACUCACUCUACUAGAAUAAGAACAGGCAAUAGAAAAUAUGUGAAGGUCUGAUGUUGUGUGCAGAUACUGCUGAGGAGAUCUGGAGGAGGAUGCCGGGGAAUGCCAAGGUCAACAUGGUAGCCUCACUACGACUGAUCUCUCAUGACUCAAUUAGGUCUCUCUCUGUUGUUUCAGCUCCUUGAUUUAACACAUAAUGAUAAAUACUUGCCAUUUUCUGGGGCAAACUGUUGCAUCAGCACACACAACAGUGCAACAGCUGAUACAAGAAGCAGCAACUACUGGUGUAAAGGCAGGACCUUAUUGAUGUCAUGCAUAAAAGAACACUCAUUCUCCUGAAUAUCAGUAGUCCAGAACAUUAAUGGUUUUCAAGUCAAAUGCCCCAAAUAUCCCCAGUAGAGAUACCUCAGCUUAUUGAUCCAUCAACAUCAUUACUGCGACUGCUCCAUCUUCAAUACUUGCAGGACCACGAACCUCCUCGUCGUCGCCAGUAGUCCCAGCAUUCUCUACUGCCGCAGUAUCACUCGUAACCUCCACUUAUGUCGUAUUGCCAGCUCAUAGACUUCUUUUGAAAGGAAUGUCAGCGUGUGUUAUUUUGUUUUCAAUGUACAUACAGCAGUGUAUAUACCAUGUUUGUUAGAAAUGCAUGCUUAAGUUUGGAGAAUAUCAUUCUGGUGUUGAGUACAUAUGUACUUGGACCAGACCGUUGCUGCCCGGGAAGACAGCUAUAGUCAGGAACUAUCUUCUGUUGUUUGGUACUUGUUUAGAUUUGUGGUUUCUAUGGUAACUGACCGGGUUUGAACAAGGUUGCACCGUUAUGUUCAGUUUUUUCAGCAUGUUAUUUUAUAUGCUGCAUAGUAUGUUUCCAGUAUUGCAUUAUUCUCAAAAUCUGUCAAGCAUAUUAUUUUUUUUGUUUUUUAAAUAUACACCAGUGGAUCAACAAAAGCUGCACACAGUUGCAAAAAGUCACUUUCCAUGUUGAGUACAUAAUGUCAAGAGAUUUAUGUUGUUUGAGUUGAAAGGCUUUGGUAUUUGCCACAAUGCAAUGAACUCUGUUACUCUGUAUGGGAUGGUUCCCCAUGAUGGAUUGACUCACCACUGGUGUAGAGUAAUGUCCCUUUGUAGAUACAUGACUGUUCCCAGUUGGCCAGAUUAAUGAGGGGUAUCCAGACUAACAGGGUUUCACUGUAGCUCACCUGAUGCAGGACAACAUGCUACAGAAGGUGAGCUUGGGGACAAUUAGGGGCUGAGGAGGAAAUGUGUUGAGUAUGUGUUGGCAUGGAUGCUGACUGUAUAGAGUGUCGAUAGUGUAAGUAUUUAGAUGUGUGAAGUAUUAUAUAGAGACUGUCCCAUAACCUGAGUACUGUAGUGACGUGCAUGGUAACGUCCUGUGAAGGAUGCAAAUAUCAUAUUGAUAUUAUCAUUAAGGUACCUUUGUUUGGUCGGAUGGUUGUUCCAGAUAACAGCAUUAGCUUAUGAGGACCGAUACGGAUUAGGUAACACUUCGAGGAUGUAGUAGUUUCUGUAGGGCAUAAAUGUUAUAUCCCUGUAAACAUGGUAAAUGUUUUGUAUUAAAUUGAAAUAUU